AUGGACAUAUUUACCGAGUAACUGUUGUAACAAAUUAAUGAGUCUCAUGUUAUUGCUAGAGAUUCUAUUAAAUUGAUAGUUCAUUUGGGAAGUGUAAUAGUGGCUGAAAAAUAUAUACAAUCUUAAAUGCCAUGGAUUGGUUAUCAAUGGUUUUAAGAUUAAGUCAAGAAUUUAGCUAAAAAGCAUUAUAUAUCAAAUGAUGAUUAUGAUGACACUAUAUUAGAGGAUGAUGAACCUAAUCCAGUAAAUAUUGAUCACUGGAGAAGAUGUCAAGGAUAAGUUGCAUUAGUAAAGUCUUAAGAAUAAUCUCCUAUUCGAAGAAGUGAAACGAAAAAGUUAACAAAAAUCUCAAUGGGACAAACUCAAAGUAAUACUGAUAUCUAUGAAUGUUAAAUAAUCAAGAUGGGUGAGUUAGAUGAAGAUAUUGAAUUUGACCCAAAUAUUGAAAGUAUGAGAUAAGCUAAAUUGAGGUAAAUGUAAAUACAAUAGCUAAAGUAAUAAAAUGAUAAGAUAAAAAACUAAGAAGUUCAAGAAUAAACUAGACAACUUAAGCGAUUGAAUGUUGACUCUAAAUGUACAAAUACUAUUUUUAUACUCAGCUAAAUAUACAUAUGACUUUGAGGGUAAAGUAAUUGUCUAAAAACCACCUGAUAUUGAUAGAUAUCCAAAGUCUCAUUAAAAUAUUCAAGAAAAAAGGAAUCUUGUUGAAGUGAGAGACCUCAUCCCUAAUCAUAAAUUAUAAUCUGAAUUAAUCACAUCAGGUAAAAGAUAGAGUGCAUAUCUAAAUUCUAUGAAUCAAUUUGCAAUCAAGACUACUGUACCUCAGAUUGAUAUAAUAGUCAUGAAAGAAGGAGUCUCAUUUUAUGAUGGGAAAUCUGAAAAAAAGAAAGAAAGACCCUUACCUUUAAUGGAUAUAAAAGAUAAUAAUGAAUUGUAAAAUACACUUUUAAAUUAAAAUGUACAUAUGACAAAGUUAGAAUAUCAAACCAUAACAAAUUCAUAAUAAUCUAACAAUAAUUUUCAAAAUAAAACUUUGUAAUUAUCAAUUUCAUAACCAUAAAUCUAAUAAAGUAAAACAAGUAGAACAUUUUAAGAAGAUCAACCUUAAACAUAAAAUAAUGAUAGUUUACUCAGUUUUAGAUAACCUAAAACUACAGUCAAUCAUUCAAUCACAUCUAAUAUUUUGUAAAAAUUAAAUGGAUCCAUUUCAAUACUCAGUGAAGAAUAAUUAGAUGGAUUGAUUGUUUAAUCAAAUGAUAUAAACAAAUAAAAAGAACAUCCGUUAUUUAUGAAAAAGCCUACAAUUGAUAUUUCAAAACCUCUCUAACCUGUACCUACUAUUACACUAGAAUUACCAUAAAUACCACCAAAUGCCUUAUCCAAUAGUGUAAGUAAAUUGCCUCGCUCUUUUCAAUCUAUAGGGACAUUCCCAAAAUUACUAUCAAAACAUCCACGAGAACGUAUUUCUAAAUAAGUAAUGAAUAUAAUAAAUAUUAAAUGA